AGAUAUUCUGCGUUCUUAAAGCAGAAACUUUAAUAAUUUUUGAAAACUGUGUCUUCUCCUCCUCCUCCCUCCACCCCUUCUCUUAAAUUUUGGCUGUUUCUCUAAAAGUAACUAGCCAGCUAGAUUUCCUUCCUAUUAGCCUCCAUUCUUAUCCUCUGCCCAAGUUCAUACUACAGUCUGGCUUAUCAGAGGCGGGAGAUGUUUGAUUUUUGAGGCUUCUCGGGGCUCUUUUCGAUUGAUGUAUUCUGGAAAAUGCUUGCCCGGUAUUGAAAACUUCAUGCUGCUGGUAAAUGAGGUAAAAGGCUGGGAUGGUGGGAGAAGUCUGUGGCUUGAAAUGCCUGUCAGAUUCAAAGCAUUCUAUGAAUCCCAAGUUCAUUCCCACCUGCAGUCCGGCCUCCACGGAGCAACUGGUUCCUUCUUCACCCUUUUCCUCCCCUGAGAAAUCCCCAGCCUUAAUUUAUGAAAUAGAGACAGCUUUAGAUUCCAACAGUUAAUUUUAAAGCACUCAGAAUUCCAGGCAUGGGAACAUUAGGUUAGUCCUUAGGGUGGGAGAGGCUGUUGCUCUUAGGCAGCGUGCCUACGAGCCUUUUUUCACUGAACGCUUUUUAGCCCAUUUCCUUCUAAAAAUGGAGAUUAACUUUUACGUCAGUAUUUUGAAAAUAUUGUUAUGGGCUUCUUGCAUGACAAGUCGCAUUUCCGGGUUCCUUUACCAGGGGGUGGGAGGAGGUAUUGUGCUCAGUUCACCGCCUCCCAGUUCUACUUGACCUCUAGUCUCAGAUUUCUACUUCAUCCUUGGCAAACCUAUUACUUGCCCUUCAGCUGAAAGAAACAAAAGAACAGGAAUGACUCAGGACACUUUGACUACCACAGCCUUAACCAAAGACGAAAGGCAUUUGAUUGAAUCCUUUACAUUUCCUUCUUCAAAUUUAGAUGCCUCUAGCAGUUAAGGAUUGACUUGAAACACUACAAAAACUCCACCUCCCUCCUCUCUUAGGCAGCAGCGUGCAGGGUCAAAGACAGCCGGCCCCCCAUGUCAGUGGUCUAGGAUGGCCAGUGAAGCCACCAACAUCCCAAGUCCUGUGGUGCGCCAGAUUGACAAGCAGUUUCUGAUCUGCAGUAUAUGCCUGGAACGGUACAAGAACCCCAAAGUUCUCCCCUGUCUUCACACUUUCUGCGAGAGGUGCCUGCAGAACUACAUUCCCGCUCACAGCUUAACCCUCUCCUGCCCAGUGUGCCGCCAGACCUCCAUCCUGCCCGAGAAGGGGGUGGCUGCGCUCCAGAACAACUUCUUCAUCACGAACCUGAUGGACGUGCUGCAGCGGACGCCAGGCAGCAACGUUGAGGAGUCCUCCAUCCUGGAGACCGUCACCGCGGUGGCCGCGGGAAAGCCUCUCUCUUGCCCAAACCACGAUGGGAAUGUGAUGGACUUCUACUGCCAGUCUUGCGAGACCGCCAUGUGUCGGGAGUGCACCGAGGGGGAGCACGCAGAACACCCCACGGUGCCCCUCAAGGAUGUGGUGGAGCAGCACAAGGCUUCACUCCAGGUCCAGCUGGACGCUGUCAACAAAAGGCUCCCAGAAAUAGAUUCUGCUCUUCAGUUCAUCUCAGAAAUCAUUCAUCAGUUAACCAACCAAAAGGCCAGCAUUGUGGAUGACAUCCAUUCCACCUUUGAUGAGCUCCAGAAGACUUUAAAUGUGCGCAAGAGCGUGCUGCUUAUGGAACUGGAGGUCAACUAUGGCCUCAAACACAAAGUCCUCCAGUCGCAGCUGGAUACUCUGCUCGAGGGGCAGGAGAGUAUUAAGAGCUGUAGCAACUUUACUGCGCAGGCCCUCAACCAUGGCACAGAAACGGAGGUGCUGCUGGUGAAGAAGCAGAUGAGCGAGAAGCUGAACGAACUGGCCGACCAGGACUUCCCACUGCACCCGCGGGAGAAUGACCAGCUGGAUUUCAUUGUGGAGACCGAAGGGCUCAAGAAGUCCAUCCACAACCUGGGGACGAUCUUAACCACCAACGCUGUCGCCUCCGAGACGGUGGCCACGGGCGAGGGGCUGCGGCAGACCAUAAUCGGGCAGCCCAUGUCCGUUACCAUAACGACCAAGGACAAAGACGGGGAGCUCUGUAAAACUGGCAAUGCCUACAUCACCGCCGAGCUGAGCACGCCCGACGGCAGCGUGGCCGACGGAGAAAUCCUCGACAACAAAAACGGCACCUAUGAGUUUUUGUACACGGUCCAGAAGGAAGGAGACUUUACCCUCUCUCUGAGGCUCUACGACCAGCACAUCCGGGGCAGCCCUUUUAAGCUAAAAGUCAUCCGGUCAGCCGAUGUGUCGCCCACCACCGAGGGUGUGAAGAGACGCGUGAAAUCCCCGGGAAGUGGUCACGUAAAGCAAAAAGCUGUGAAAAGACCCGCGAGCAUGUACAGCACUGGAAAACGAAAAGAGAAUCCCAUCGAAGACGAUCUGAUCUUUCGAGUGGGUACCAAAGGAAGAAAUAAAGGAGAAUUUACAAAUCUUCAAGGGGUAGCUGCAUCUACGAGUGGAAAGAUAUUAAUUGCAGACAGUAACAACCAAUGUGUGCAGAUAUUUUCCAACGAUGGCCAGUUCAAGAGUCGUUUUGGCAUACGGGGACGCUCGCCCGGGCAGCUGCAGCGGCCCACAGGGGUAGCUGUGCAUCCCAGUGGGGACAUAAUUAUUGCAGAUUAUGAUAAUAAAUGGGUUAGCAUUUUCUCUUCAGAUGGGAAGUUUAAGACAAAAAUUGGAUCAGGAAAGUUGAUGGGGCCCAAAGGAGUUUCUGUGGACCGCAACGGGCACAUCAUCGUGGUGGAUAACAAGGCGUGCUGUGUGUUUAUCUUCCAGCCAAACGGGAAAAUAGUCACCAGGUUUGGUAGCCGUGGAAACGGGGACAGGCAGUUUGCAGGUCCCCAUUUUGCAGCUGUGAAUAGCAAUAAUGAGAUUAUUGUUACAGAUUUCCAUAAUCAUUCUGUCAAGGUACAAUAAACACACCAAUUAUUGUUAACUUUUAACUGCUUUUAUUGAGAAAUCGGUCUGGGAAAAAAUAAUGGAGAGCUCACAUAAACACACAGGAUCUAAAGGAGGUGGCUUAAAAGAGCAGAUUUUGCUUCUCCUUAAAGAUGCAGGUUUUAUUUUGGACAUACAUACUUUGGAGAGUCAGAAAAUUGAACGAAAUAUGGUGGCUAUAGGUUUCUUAAUUUGAAACUGGUAUAAAUGGAGAUGACUUGAAAAUUAAAUUUGGAAAAGCAAUUGUUUCAACUUGGAGAGGCAGAACUUUCUGAAACAUCAUACAUUGUGGCUAUUCAAUAAUGAAAACGAUCACUUUUCCAAUUUUCUUCAUCAUAAGGCCUUUCAAACAAAAUGAGAUAUUAGAACUUCGGUACAACAAUGGAUUUUAAGAGGAAAAUAGCCCUACCAUCUAUUCCUAUACUGUAUUUCAUACUUCUUAGAAUGCUUUCACGCACUUGGGGUUCCCUAGAAAACAAUGCCCACUGCCACCCCCAAGUAGUAUAGUACUUCUUUCUUAACUAGGUUUGAGGGAGAAGAAAGAUUCGACCUUUAUUAUGAGCAAAUCAGGAAAUAAUAAAGUGGUUCAAAACAAAUGUCUCAUUUACCGGGAUGAGACAUGUUUCUCAAGGUGUGAUGCAUGUUCCAUUGAAGGUAUGCCAGGUGGUCAUGGGCAGUGCACUGGCAGACGUUUUUAUUUUAAGAGUGAUAUAUUUAUUUUUAGGGUUACUAUCAAGUGAUGGUUUUGGACUUAAAGAAGUAAUAUAAACUUUUCCUUGAAGUAAAUUCAUUAAGAAGUUUUUAAAGUGAGGCAUUUUAAAGGAGGGAUAAUAAGGAAGCGGUGUAGGUGACAUAUGCCAAUGGCUGAAGUUUGUACUUAGAGACAACAUCGGAUUUUUCAGUGUUGAUAACUGGAAUCGCUAGAUAAGGAUAGGAUUUUAACACCCAAAGGUGCUCUCUCUUCUGUGUCCUUCACUAUGUCAUUUCCCAAGCUCAUCCAGGGAGAUCUCUUUAACCUGAGUAAAUGGAAAAGCUUGAGAUUUUUUGAUAGGAGUCAAGUCCCUGUGCGAAGAAUAGAGCAUGUGGGCUGUGGCGAUGGGGCAGGAGCGGGGAAAGGAUGCCCACCGUCGCUUACUUCCACAGCUGCUUUCUGCCAUGUUGUCUUUCCAGAGUUUUUACCACAGUGGUAGGGCUCCAGCCCUGCUCCCCCACCUCCCUCAGUGCCAGUAAGCUGCAUAUUCUCACCUCUAUGGGAGUGUCUUGAUAAAGGGAAGAAGGCAGUGGGAAAAGUCAUUGGUAGAGGAGGAGGGAAACUGAGAGCAAAGAGGCAGCAGGGACUGGGCUUGUGACCCUCCUCGCAGAGGGCUAUACCAGUCUUGCGUAAUGAGCAUAACUAUAAAAAGCUGACCCAGGCUGUCAUCAUACCUCCUAGGUUUCACUCACUUUAUAUAGGAAUCAUUCAUUUAACCAUAGGGCAUUCAACCAGAAGAUUACCCAUAUAGAUUCUAACAGUGCAAAGGCCAGCAAAUGCCUGCCGUAGAUGCUCUCCCUGCCUACCAGAAGAUAGUAACGUUAAUCAAGUUGCUCUUUUCUACUAAACUCAACUGUGACCCCAGAGCCUUUUCGUCCUAGUGGCCCAAGCAGGCUCUCUGAAUCAACUGCCAUUGCUAUGUGGGAUGACUCCUAUUUACCAGCCCUGGCUGUCACUGUAGAAGGAAAUAAGCCAUAUGUAAGUAACCAAAAUGCAAGGCAGAUAGCAAUAAGUGAUUUCUUAUAAGUAGGUACAUGUAAAGUUCUGUGAGUGUCCAGAAGAAAAGAGACUUUUAAGAUUAUCAGAGAAGACUUCCAAGUGGAAGUGGUAUUUGAGGUGAGCGGAAUUUUGAAAUCAGAAAAGGAUUAUCAUCAAAGUUAUAAAAUCUUAUUGUAAAAACUUGUUAUAAAAAGCAAGCUAUAAAAACAAUUUCAGCUUAUUCUUCUGUCUCUUAAUAUGUUUUCAUCCGGAUAAUUUAUAAACAAG